CCGCGGGAUUUUGAUGAUGGGCUUAACAAUUAACCGUAUUUCUAACUUUUCACGAGUGUAAAGCCUGCCGUCAUCAAAACAAAUGUUUCCAUUGCAAUCCUCACAAAUGCAAAUACUUUGAAAAAAUAAAACGUGUGCGAACGAGAAGCAGCAUUCACGAAAACUAUGUUACAAGUUAACAAAGGAGUGAUCUAUAACUGCAGUGUCACGGUGAAGAGGGAAAAAAAUAGACUGACUCCUGUUACCUCGAAGUGGUUUUACUAGAUGAAUCAUUGUUUCUGGAUCGACAAAAAAGUGCACAAUCAACAACUUGCUCUUGUGGGAAAUUACUUCUUACGGAGGCAAUUACCGGGAUAUUAUUCUCAUGUAAAUGUUGUUGUUUUUACGCUUCAACGAGUUCUUUGUGACGAAGUUAGUGGCUAAUAUAAUUUUAGAUGCAAAAGCCUUAUAGAACAUUCCUGACAGCGAAAGAGGCACGCAGUUUGCUGGUAAACUCUUUGCAAACAUGGAUCCCGCGGUAUCUGAAGAACAUUUGAAAAAAUGUCGCUGGAUCAGGGUUAAUUGGGCUUGGACCAAAAUCGGCAACACAAACCUUGGAAUCUUCUUGAGGUUCAACCCAGUAGUGAGUAUUUUGUCGUCCUUUAUAAUAUGGGGCUUCGUUAUUUGGUGCAUUGUCGAGUCAGAAGCGGCGAACUUAGAGAUGGGAAGAUGGAAGAUCUGGAUCACGGAGAAAUUCACUUGGAUGUACAUCGGAACUCAGGACAUUUGGGCUGUGAUCAUCAUAAUGCUGUACUUCUCUAAGUUCGCCAACAUGAAGCUGGGAAGAGAUGAUGAAGAGCCCGAGUUCAGUGACGCAUCCUACUUUACGAUGUUGUUUGCGGCUGGUAUCGGAAUUGGCUUAUUCUUCUUUGGAGUUGGUAAGUCAGAAAUAAACAUCAAUAUUUUACGUUUCACACAAUGCAAAUAAAACGCUUGCAGCAUAAUCGAGGAAUAUCACUGCGUAAAGCCUUCCACCUAACGACGUUUCUGGAUAGUUUGAACGCUUCAGUGGCUCACUUGGAGCUAAAAGUGUAAAAACUUUAAGAUAAGUAUUUUCUGACACGGAUGUUUUCCGAUGCCUUUACAAUUUUUUAGAUUUUUCAGUCGCGAAUUAUCCCAAGACAUAGUUUUAAACACAAAAAAACGAAACUUUUGGCUCACUCAACCAUUUUUUGCUUUUGCUCUUAUUGUUGUUGUUGAUGUUGUUUUUUUUUCAAUGUCUUAGCUCUUUUUCGAUGAUCGGUAAACCUUUGGAAACCAAGGGUUGCAUUACCAAUUGUAUUAUAAGACUAAUGGCAAACAACUUAGAUACUGUAUGUCAGUGAACAUUUGAACUCCGCAGAUCAUGGUUGAGGAGUUGGUUUUUCUUUCGAGGCCUUACGUUGUGCGAAAAAUGUGUGAUGCUACAUACAACUGUCUCAGCUAAUUAUAGCAAGAAAGCACAUCCACGAAAAAACUGCCGAAAAAAGUAAUAUAAUAGUGGAAGUAACGUAGGUUAGAUCUAUUUGCACCCUACGUCAUUUGUAUUUUCUUUCGUACCAGCACUUAAGUACUUUUUCAGAACAAAAUUCUUUCAGAAGUUUUUAGCGGUAUGAUUGUAAAUUACAUUGUUUUGGAAAAAAACGGGCUGAAGGGUUAGCUGUGAGAGCAAUGGACUGAAAUUUGUGACCUGUAGCUGUUUGGGUUUCGACUCAGGAGGCAAUCAACGGACAGUUUGUCGUAGUGAUCGUGAUUUGCCUUUAAAGAGUAAAUUAUUAAAUCUUUUGACUUUGGAAGACUGAAUAAUGUUUGCAUCCACAAGCUGUGAGUUUUAUCUUCAUUGUUUCCUUUGCUUAUUCCUCUCCGUUGUUAAAGAUUCAAGUGUUCAUCACACGUAAGUGCGUGUGAUUUUCAUUAUACGUCGUAAUAUCUGAAGUGUCUGUAGUGUCGGUAGGUAACAAGAGGAAGAAUUUCAACGAUAAUUUCCUUUGAUCAUUUUUACGUAGUUACACUUGUUGAAACAACUGGAAAACAAUAUCAAUUGCAUCCUGGUAUUUCUUUGAGUGGUAGCUACCUGCUGGUGAGAGAAAUAUCUAGAAUACCUCUAGCCCACGCGAAUGACGUUGUGAUUUUCAUGUAGAUUCGAGGAUUGAAUACUUAACGUCAAAACGCACGAUAGUUCCUUGGUGUGUGAACGUUCACUGUUGCGAUCUCUGCCCAGACAAACCAUUUAGAAAGAUUCGUGAAGAAGACUUUAUCAUUUGGUCUUUGAAGUACUUUACUAUUAAAAGGUCUCUUGCCUCUUUGUUUCGCCGCAGCAUGACAGAGAGCUUUACUUUCCAACUUGUUAUUCGAUUGGUUGCUUGGUAAUGUGCGUUAAUUACAUUGAGAAAGAAGUCAAUCCUUUGUUCUGCGUAAACACAACGGUUCAGUAGCUUGUCAUCAUUACACAUUCGAUUGAUUCCACCAGCAGCUGAAAGGAGAAAAAUAUUGGCCUUUCGUAUGAUCAUUCUAGCGUAAAGCCAAUUUUUUAAAAGUCAGCUUUGUAAGACGUGCAGAGGCAUGCACGCUCAGCUUUUUUUUGAACCUCUCAUAUAAGGCCAUGUGUGAUCGUUACGAUACAAGUCAGGGGAAAUAGGGCUUUGAAACUCUGAGGUCCAAAUCAAGGACGAUUACGUACAACUUUUGAUCGAAUGGAUUUCCGUUUCAUACACUUAGAACAAAAACAGUGUCCCUUUUCGUCCCCGUGAAAGAGACAAGAAGGACAAAAGACCAACUUUGAUCAUCCGAAAUUUUUUUGCCUGAGUAACCUUUACAAAUCGAGGAUGCUUCGUACAACUUUUGACCGAAUGGAUUUCCGUUUCAUACACUUAGAACACAAACAGUGUCCCUUUUCGUCCACGUAAAAGAGACAAAAAGGACAGAAGACGCACUUUGAUCAUCAGAAAAUUUUUUGCUUCAGUAACCUCUAAGAUGCCACGAGACCAUGAUCAUUUGAAAAUACCGACCCCACUCAUGGAUUCUUUACUAGAGUCUUCGGAAAGCAUAGUAUUCCUAAUCUUCUCUGUAUACCUGAAGUCAGAUCAUCGAAUAAGUAGUCUUUUGAAUAAUAACCUGUAAUCAUGGCCAAAAGUCAUGAGACAAGUAAGCAAAAACAUAUGCAAAUAAUUUAUCUUUUCUGUUUUCUAAAUUGUACAUUCCCCUUAUCCCUUUCAGUUUCAGGGUUUUAGUUCCUAUGUAUUCAUUCGCCUAAUUGUUCUCCUCUUUUUCACUUUUUCAGCCGAGCCAAUAUAUCAUUAUGUCCCAGGGGUGGAUGGAAAUCGUUAUUACAAGAGGUAAGCUUUGACACAUGGACUUGACUGUCAUAGACGGGUGCCCAUACAAAAGUUGACUCUCAAAAUUAAGUCGCCAUGCUUUAACCCUACAAGAAGCGACAUGCUGACAAACUGUAAUUAGGACUAGAAUUAAGGCUAGUAGACAGUUUAUUAAACUUAUUCAUUGGCAAGGUUUACUCAAAAGAGAAUCCGUUGUUGGGUGUCUGGCAUAAAUGAGACUAAAAUUAACAGGUUUUAUAUUUAUAAAGUAAUUCUGACUGUUAUGUUUUUUUUAAAAAUUUGUUUCUUUUGUCAAGGUACACAGACAAUCAACAGGCACAAGAUGCGAUGAACCUGACGUUCUUUCACUGGGGAAUCCAUGGAUGGAUUGUGUAUGUGGUUGUCGGUCUGCUUUUGGCUUUCGUGUGCUACAGGCAAGGCCUCCCCAUGACCAUCCGCUCCUGCUUCUACCCACUGAUCGGAGACAAGGUAUACGGGUGGAUGGGCGAUGUCAUCGACAUCCUUUCCGUCGUGGGUACUAUGUUUGGUGUUUGUACAAGUCUGGGCUUAGGUGCCAUGCAACUUAACACUGGCAUCCAUCGUAUCAACAAAGACAUCGAAUUGUCAUCUAUCAACCAGAUCAUAAUAAUUUGGUGUGUCACUGCUUGCGCUACCGUGUCGGUGAUCACUGGUCUGAAGCUUGGAAUCAGGCGACUGAGUGAGCUCUGCUUCUCCAUCGGCAUGCUCCUCAUGCUUGUUGUCUUCUUUUACGAUGACACAUGGUACCUCCUGAACUUGUACGUGCAGAGUACCGGCUACUACUUUCAGUGGAUAAUACAGCUGGGCUUUCACACGGAUGCUUUCGCACAAAUGGGAAAUUCCCAGGAUAAGAGGGAAGUUGUCUCGUGGAUGAACGACUGGACCAUCUUCUACUGGGGAUGGUGGAUCGCCUGGAGUCCUUUCGUGGGAAUGUUUAUCGCCAAAAUCUCCCGAGGACGUACGAUCAAGCAGUUUAUCAAUGCUACCAUGACAGCGCCCAUCCUGUACUCAUUCUUGUGGCUGACGAUCUUCGGCGGAGCUGGAAUUAGGAUGGAACGAAGAGCUUUUCACGCGAACAUCAGCUGCACGUCCGCUCUGGGGGGUGAAAAGUCUACUGAAUCCGACAAUGGCCUCUUCCGUUUGUCCUGCCGCACAACUGAUGAGAUGUGGUUUGAUUUGAUGGAACAGUAUGGUGACAUUGGCCCAGUGUUGUCCAUAGUUUCUCUGGCUGGCAUCAUCCUUUAUUUCGUGACGAGUUCUGACAGUGGAUCUCUAGUUAUUGACUGUCUCUCUGCAAAUGGUGAUCCAGAUCCCCCAAUCAUUCAGCGUAUCUUCUGGGCUCUUACUGAGGGCGCUACAGCCACAGCCCUCCUGUACGCAGGGGGUACGAAAGCUCUAACAGCAUUGCAGACCGUUUCCAUAGCAGCCGGUGUCCCUUAUACCAUACUGCUGUGUUUCAUGUGCAUUGCCUUAUGGCGCGCUGUCCAAAUCGAAGGUGGAGCCCUGGAUCCCAAUGGCCCAGAAUUUUCUGUCGACCUUCUAGAGGUGUUCAGUAGCCCCACACUCGAGAUGGUCAAAAGCACCAUCAUCGCCAUAUUUUUUCCGUGGUUCCCAAUGGGGCGUGCUGCACACAGGCUGAACGACUGCAAGGGAAGUCCAGUGCCAUACAUGUUGUCCUUGGCUAUUCCGUUCUACUUGUGGGUCCUUGGCAUGGCCCUCGAACCAGCCGUCGAGGGGAUCAGUUACCUUGCCUGGGCAGUGUUAUUUGCAUUUUUCGCGUAUGGCUCUGGAAUCCGCCUGGGCAUACGAGAGAGGUAUGGAAUCAACGGCAACAUGGUGGAGGACUUCUUUGCUGUGAUGCUGUUGUACCCUUUUGCAGCUUACCAAAUGGAUCACCACAUGAGCAAUCCACCCAUGUACUUGGGAGAAAAUGGCUUGGAAAAAUAUGGCCGCGAUAAAGGUGCUGUAUACGAGAACCAGGGAGCUGACGUUCCGUUAGAGAAAGUGGAGACUGCUUUUUAA